AUGCCGCGCGCGCCCCCCGCGCCCAAGCGGCAGGCUACUUUGCACGAUAUGGGCAAGGUGGUCAGCUCACGCGCCUUCUCCUACUACAACGUCUCGUCCGAGGACGUCGACAGGUACAAGGCGACACUCGAGGAUGCCGACACGACGAAGGAGGAGUUCUUGACCGCGCUUCGGCACCUUUCGUCGAUGCUCAUGACCCGCGACCUGCUCACCUCGAGUAUGAUCGGGAAGGUAGUGUCGCGGCUGAGGCGCAAGCACCCGGACGAGGAGGUGAGGAAGCUGGCGGGCGCGAUGGUGGACAAGUGGAAGCUCGAAGUAAUUCGGCAGGUUGAUGUCGAUCGCAGGGUUGAGCGGCGGAGCAGGGGUGAUGUGCGAACUUUCAUCGAAGCGGGCCGGGGCGGGUCGGGAUGGAGACGAUAA